AUGAACCUUCAAGAGGAGACAGAGGCCGGCGGAGACCAGCGCUGGGAGCUGAAGCGGCAGAGACAAGGAAUAGGUGGGAUCGUCUCGACGUAUAGACACAACCCAGAGUUGCACGAGAGUUUGGACCACCAGCGCACUAACAAGACCCUGGAGCGGCUCCAGCAUGACUUUGCCGCCAAGGUUCAGGUAGCUGAUGCUGCAAAGAUUGCUCUGGACAACGAGGAGCAGCGGCUCAGGCAGCUGCGGAAGCAGGCCGCUGCUGGACACAUUGAUGACCCAGCACUCCUGUCUUACCAGGAAAGUGAAGUCAAGAAGGCUUGGGACAGAUUGACGGUGGUCGAGAAAGACCGUGAUUCGGCCGAGCUUGCACUGCUGAAGGUCUCCACAGCUGGGCUGACUUCCGUCAGCAAAGCAAAGAAGGAGCACAAAUCAGGCAAAAAGAUUGCUCGCGAGAGGCAUGUAGAUCAGAUACGGCGGGCGAAGAUGGACAUUGCCAAGGACGCUUAUGAGCGGGACCAGGAGGAUGCCAUCAUUGAGGCUUAUUUGGCAGAUCAGCAGCGGCGGGAUCAAGAAGCCGAGAUCCACCAGCAGAGGGGGCGAAGAAGGUUAAAAGAGGCCCAAAGCGGCCAAAAAGCUGUCAAGCAGAUGGCAGAGGACAUCCGAGAGGCGCGGCUACAACACCAUGCAUCGCGAGUGUUGCAGCUCAAGGAGUCACGUGAUGCCAUCCUCUUGAAAAUCCGAUCGCAGAACGAACGCCGCGAGAAGAAGCAGCAGAAAGUUAAGGAGCAGCGCGAGCAGCACCGCCGCGCUCUCUUGCAAGACGGCAAGAAUCCUUACGAGGUAUGGAGGCGAGAGGAGAUGAAGGAGCGUAAAGAAGAGCAGCGUUUGCGAAUGCAGGCGCAAGCGGAGCUGCGCUCAGAAAAGCUGAUGGAGCAGCUCAUCAUCGAAGAUGGUACUUACAAACACAAGAUCCAGGAGGAGAAGAGAAAACGAGAGCAGGCAGACGAGUUUCAGCGUCAGGUUGGAAAUUAUGCAAAGGAGCAGAAGAUCACGCAGUACAUGAGAAAGAUGACCAUUGGCAACGUAGACGUGCUCGACCCUACCGGCACAGCGCUGCGGAUUGACCCGUCCAAGGUCAGCAUUCAGAAGAGCAAUGCAUUCGGCCUCGGCCGUGCCCGCACAGAAGAGAUCCAGCGCGUCGAGCAGCAGGUGCGGAGCGGCAACCGAAGGAUCGAGCAGUGGAAAGAGGCUCAGUUGCCCAAUGAGGAGGAGGAGUUAGCAGAGGCCCUGCGCCUGGAGCAGGAGCAGCAAUUGCAGCAGGAGACGUUUCUCCGCUCCGCAUCUGGGGAUGAACCGGAGAUGGAUGAGGAGGAGGAAGUGGAUGAGGACGAAGAGGAAUUCGAUGAGGAUGAGGACCUCGUCGAGCAGAAACUCUGGGUGCCGAAUUACUCGAAGCUGGAGAUGCAGUACAUGGCAGCUGCAAGGGAGCGACAGCGGAAGAACAUCUGCAGCGUGCAGACAUGGCAAGGAAAGGAGUUUAAGGGCGACGCCUUCUUGGCCAAGCCGGCUGUGAUCGCCUUUAACGAUUUCGAGGUGGGAAAGCGCUACCGGCAAGUCAUUGAGGUGACGAACGUGUCGUUGACCUUCAACCAGUUUAAGCUGCUGCCGCUGGAUGACUCUGUGAAAGAUUUCUUCGAAAUCAACUUCGUACCUCCCGGGCGGAUGUCUGCUGGUGUCACAAGGUACAUCACGCUGUGGUUCGUGCCCAAGGUCAGCCAAGACAUCGUGUCUACCUUCCCGAUCCUUGCCAAGACAGGCCGCAUCGACUUCCCCUUGCGAUGCACGACGAAGAAGACGAUCCUCACGAUCACUCCUCAGGAUCCGGAGGCCAACCCGGUCAUCGAUUUCGGCCCGGUUCUUGUCGGCGAGUCUGCGGACCGUGAGUUGGUGAUCAAGAAUACGGGGGCCUUGGCUGCCGACUUCACUGUCCUACGAAGUGAAAGUGGGGAGCAGGGCGAGCAGGGCGAGCAGCUGACUGACAUGAUGACCUGGCUUGAGAAGGGAGUCUGCAAAUCUCUGGGAAGCACGAAAAUCGGCUUCAAGUUUGUGCCCACGACGCUUGGGGAGUUCACGACAGACUUGCGGCUUCGUAUUUCCAAUGGUGCCCCCGGAGAUGCAAACUAUGAAAAGGAGUUCUGCAUUCGAGUGCGAGGUUCCUGUCUGGAUGUGCCUAUCUACGUGGAUAGCGAAGAGUACGACAUGCACACCUGCGUCUAUGGACACAUCUUCCGGGAGAGCGUGAUGAUUCGCAACCGUGGAUCCGUGGCCAUGAAGAUCCAGGUCCAAAAGCCCACGCAGAUUGAAGGUGAACUCCAGCUGAACACAGCAUUGGCCUACAUCCAGGGCUAUGCUUCACAGGCGAUCCAGGUGAAGCUGAUUCCCAAGGCAGACUUUCUAGACAGGCAUCCGGAGUACCGGGACACCCAGCGUCCGGAUGUUCCUGGUGCAUUUCGGAUUCCGAUGCGCAUUGUCGGGGCCGACCAGGUGCUUCCUGUAAAUACCUGCCUCAUCGGCACUCUCACCACCGAUGCGAUGACCUUCCUACCCGGAGAGUUGAAUUUCGGCCCUUGCUUGGUGGGCACCUCCGCCGUGCAGCGGCUGAUCAUCGUGAACGAGUCGUCCCUGAAGCGGAGAUAUGCCUUCACGCGCUUGCCAUCGCACCUCUCCGUGCAGGAAGUGCCCGAGGAUGUGCUGCAAGAAGAGGCCUGGGGUGGCCUGGAUGCGAAGCCGGGGACUAUCGCAGUUGUCGACGCCCAGAUUGAUGGCGUUCUUGGGUCAUUGCUGCCAGGUGAGAAGCGCCAGGUGUCAAUGCUCUACACUCCCGAGUCUGCGAUCGAGAUGGACUGCACGAUCCUUUGCAAGGUCAUCACAGGGGACCUCUGCGUGCGUGACUUUGUCAUCCACUGCACGGGCCAGGGCAUAUCUUCGAGCCUCGAGUUCUCGGAGACCCAGCUCGAUUUGGCGUCCAUCCCGGCAGAUGCGGCGACCAAGGACUCCGUCGUGGUCCGAAACGUCUCCAAGGUGCCGCAGACGCUGAAUGUUCUGCUCCCACCCUUCGAGCUUAGUGGUUUGAAGAUGACACCCAUCUGCUUCACUCUUCAGCCGAAGGAGUCGCAGCGACUGCAGGUGGAGUUUAAGCCCACGAAGGAGUAUAGGGACCUGCUGAAGAUGCCCGUGGAAGAGAAACCUGAAGUUCCAGAGGACGGUGCGGCAGCGGCCCCGGAUGGAGAGGAAGCACCAGCAGAGGAGCCUGGCGAGAUGGAUGCCGAGGAGUACUCGCGGCACCAGAUGGAGGACAUCCGUGAGCAUGGCGGACGGCGUUGGGAAGCUGAGGGCACGGUGCAUGGGUCUUGGCGUCUUCCGAUCUGCUUCAAGACAGCUUCGCAGGGGAUGCGUGAAAGUCGAGAUCAGUUCUGCUACUUAAGCGUCAACACCUGUGUCUUGCCAAGUGUCCUGGCCAUGCAGCCACCGAUCCUCGACUUCGGCGAUGUCACCGCCGGACAGAGAGCCCUGAGGCCCUUGGUCAUCACCAACCUCGCAGCUGAAGAGGGUGCUCAGGAACUGCAGUUGGAAGCCCUCCCAGAGAAUCAAGGCUUUACCGUCCUGAAUGCUCCCCGUGCGGUGGGAUCAAAGCCUUUCCAGUUCAUGGUGGAGUUUAAGCCCCAGCUGGUCCAGAUCUACCAGUGCUCACUGCAGAUGCGGACACAAAACACCCGCGUUCAGGUACCUCUGAGAGGCAAGGGCGUGAGUCCGGUUCUGAAGAUCGAGCCCCAGGAUGGAGUGAUCCACAUGGGCGCCGUGAUCUACAACAGGGAGGCUAAGGAUUACACCACGCAGCAGUUCCUGGUGAAGAAUGAGAGUCCCUUCGAGUUGGUCUUCAAGCUGGAGACCAUCAUCCCGGCUGAUGCGAACCACCACGGGGAUCCGCCCUUCACUGCUUCGCCUUCCUCCGGAACGGUCGAGGCAAACAGCUCCAUGCCGGUCACGAUCACCUUCCGGCCUCAUCGGCCCAACACCAUCUUCCGGGAAAAGAUCUUGGUGAAUGUGCCGAACCAGCGUGAGCCAACGUAUGUGUAUCUCUACGGCCACUGCUUCAAGUACCAGGCCUAUGGCCUCAUGGGCAUGGACUUCAAGCCGUUCGGUCGAGAAGAUGCCAAGCCAAAGGCAGCCUUUGUCGACUCCUUGGCUGUAGGAACCUGUUCGGGUUUCAGUGCUGGCGGCACUUUCGAGUACCCCCCUGCUCAGACAAAGGAGUUUUCCUUGGUCUUCGAGAGAGGGGAGAACCUCAAGAACCUGAUGAUAGGCGUCAGUCUUAACGUCAGCGAAGAUCCUUGGGCUUUCAUAUCGGUUAUCAUCUGCUUCCUCGGCGGCAGCUACCUUUUCCAGUUCAUUUUUGCGAAGCUGGAGCCAAUCCUGGCAUUCCUCGGCGAGCAGGUUCAUCUCCUCGAGUUCUUGGCCUUGCUCGCAUGGGGCGCCUGGAUCGUCAGACUUGGCUUGGAUGAUCUGGGAUACUCCUUCGCCAUCAUCGCAAUGGUCCCGUCUUGGCCUUACGCCAUCUACGAUGCCCUGAACGGUGAGGGCUGCCGGCGCAUCGCGAUGGCUGGCAUUGGGCUUCGACAUCUGCAGGAGUACCAUGGUGCAGCGUCUUCGCCGGAGAUGGAGCUCUUGGCCACAGUGAUUGGCAAGGUUCCCAUGAUGGCUGUUAUUGCCAUGGCCAGCGCAGAGGGGACAGACAUCCUCUUGUCUGGCUUUCAGGAGAACGGCCUGCUCCGGUUCGUGAUGAUGACAUAUGUCUUCCUUUCUGGUGUCUCCAUUGCCAGCGUAUCGUAUGCUUGUGUUGACGCCAUUUCGGCCAAGGACUCCCGCGAGGGCCUUGGCUUGGAGGGGGCUUUGGCUGCGCAGAUCGACAGCUGGAUUUCCCGCUUGCAUACCUAUCUCCUCCACGCCGUGGACACCUUGACUGUCGCGAACCGUCUGCAAGCAGAGCACGUGCCGUAA